UAAAUAUCUGGUAUGCAGGAUGGUCUUAGGCGACCCCUGUGAAAGGGUCAUUCGACUGCCAAAGGGGUCGCGACCCACAGGUUGAGAACCACUGCUCUAAUGGCUCCCAUCUCACUCUAAGAGCCCACGGAGUCCUACAGUUUCUACUCCUGUCCCCCGAUCCUCCUACCUCGGUGCCUCAUCUCUGCAUUUGCCCCUUGCUUUCUUCAUUCUGCUCUCUUGGCCUUGCUUUUCCUGAAACAUGAGGCACAGCUCUGAUUUAAGUCCUUUGUGCUUUCCCUUCCAUCUAAAAUGCUUUUGCUUUCUCACCUCCUUCAGGUCUCAGCUUAGAUAUAACCGUGGUGAGCCUUUCUUUGGCUCCUCAGUUUAAAAUUGCACUAUGCCCCUCCCGUACCCCUAGCAUCCCCUACUUCCUUUCCUUGCUUUAUUGUCCCUAUAACUCUUCAUAACGCUUGAGAAUAGCAAGCAUACUGUUUGUUUUGCUUAUUUAUUUGCUGGCUGCCUCAGUUUCUUCAUCUGUAAUAUGGAAGGAACAUCGAUAAUAGUACUGAACUCGUGGGUUGUUGAGAGGAUUAAAUAAGUUACUAUCUGUAUUGCUUUUAGACCAAUGUCCAGCAUGGGAAGCAUUAUAUCUGUGUUUAUUUUAUGAGCAGUGUGCUGGAUAAAGAUUACCUAAGAAAAAACCAAAUACUUACUCUCUAGCAGAAUGGUUACUGCUUUCAGUUCUUAGUUGCUCAGUAACCACAAUUUCAGCACUGAUGAAUGAUGCCCAGGGCCUCUGGUCUGAAAUACUUCCCAGCACUAAUAGGAUAUUCUGACUGCAAAUUUAAAGCUUAGAGAGUUGAGGUUCAAAGAUAGAACUCCCACGUCGACUAUAAUUUAAGUGUCAUGCAUAUCCCUUGGCUUUAAGGAACAAGUAUAAUGGCUCAGGAAGAAUUUGAAAAGAUUGCCUGGUUGCAGUGGCUCUGAGUUAUGACUGCCCAGAGCCACACAGGUCUGGACUGUAGGUGAUUAGGGCACAGGGCUGGGGAGCCGUGCUGACUUAACCCCACUUGACAUGGUGCUACUUUAGUUAGCUGGUUUGUCCCAGAGUAGCAGACCCACUGGCAGUCCAUUACCUCCUUCCUCUCAAGCUUGUCAUGAACAAGUUUGUCAUGAUUUACUACUGGCAAGUGAGCACUUAUUUCCAAAGGGAACAUAUUUUUCUCAUCAUGCUCCAUUCAUUUUUGAGAGCUGCUUAUUAUAAUUAUUUACUUUCCAAGCCUAUGCUACAGACAUCCACACACAAACACACCGUUGGCUGCAGUUUGCCCAGAAUGCAUUGGGUCCUUCUACUAACAACACCUACCUUGUUCUUGGUUCACUCACUCAGCAAAUAUUAAUUAAGCACUUGUAUGUCUAAGUAGACCCUUCCUUGUCUUCCUGGAGCUUAUGUUGUAGAAGUCUAGAUCAAGACUCUGGCCUUAUUUUUCCCAAAUUGGUAGUCAUAUGGUCAUGGAGUGCACCUUAAAGGCACUUGAAUAACCUAAUUCUAAUGAAUUUAUUGUAGAAUGCCACUCUGGUACAUCAGUGGAGUUGCUCCCAGCCAGCCAGACAAGCUAGCUUUCUGUAAGUCAUAAAUAUCAGGGUACUCAGGGUAAAAUCAGCUUUUUCCUGGAACCAAACAAACUUUCUAGAUAUAUUUCCCAGGUGAGUGACCUAAUUCUCACUAUGGUACAUAUGUUCUAUUCUUUUCCAUACCUGUAUUUGCCUAUAAGCACUAAAGGUAUUUAUCUCAGUUCAAUUAGAGAGUUGGUGAAUGAGGACAUUUCAAAACAGUGGGAAGAAAGUCUUCCAUGGUAUCAUUCAGCUUUGACAAUUGGGACCUGUUUACACUGGGCCUGUAAACGCAAUCAUGGUCAGGUGGUCUCUUACUUGUUAAAAUCAGGAGCCGACAAAGAGAUACUUACCACAAAAGGAGAAAUGCCAGUCCAGUUAACAUCAAGGAGAGAAAUCAGAAAGAUAAUGGGAGUGGAAGAGGAUGAUGAUGGUGACAACCUCCCCCAGAUGAAGGAGUCAGACCUGCCCUUUGUUCCCAACUAUUUGGCCAGUCCAGCUUUCCCUUUUCUCUACACCCCCGUGGCAGAGGAUUCGGCCCCGCUGCAGAAUGGGGACCCCUCCACACCCCCUGCCACACCCCCUGCCUCACCCCCUGGAGACGGCUCCCCUGCAUUGCUACCCCCUGGGGACCCUCCCCCACUGGGGGCCUUUCCGAGGGACCACACCUCUUUGGCGCUGGUGCAGAAUGGGGAUGUGUCUGCCCCCUCUGCUAUCCUCAGAACACCAGAAAGCACAAAACCUGUUUGUCAGCCACCCGUGACUCAGAGUCGAUCACUGUUCUCUCCCGUCCCGUCCAAGCCACCAGUGUCUCUGGAGCCUCAAAAUGGGACAUACGCAGGACCAGCGCCAGCAUUCCAGCCAUUUUUCUUCACUGGAGCGUUUCCUUUUAAUAUGCAAGAGCUGGUGCUCAAGGUGAGGAUUCAAAACCCAUCUCUUCGAGAAAAUGACUUCAUUGAAAUUGAACUAGACCGACAGGAGCUCACCUACCAAGAGCUGCUCAGAGUGAGUUGCUGUGAGCUGGGUGUUGAUCCAGAUCAAGUGGAGAGGAUCAGGAAGCUACCCAACACUCUGGUCAGAAAGGACAAAGAUGUUGCUCGACUCCAAGAUUUCCAAGAGCUGGAACUGGUUCUAACAAUAAGUGAAAAUAAUUUUCUGUUCAGAAAUGCUGCAUCCACACUGACAGAAAGGCCUUGCUACAACAGGAGAGCUUCAAAACUGACUUACUAAUGCCGCAGGGACUUUUAUCACUGAGUAUUGUGACAGCGCGUCACCUCUGGGCCAAGGACAAGCCAUUGAUCUCAAUGCCUUGGAUGCCGGAGGGCCGCUGGUGCCACUGAGUAGUGUACACUAACAUUGUCCUGCCAAGGUGGAAGCCCCUGACCCUCAAGCAGUGGUGCCACUCUUCCAAGCCUCUUGGUGCACAAUAAACCGAUUGCUCAACGCUGUGAACAGUGGAGAAGUGGUCUGGAGAGGCAGGAGCCGGCGGUUCCAUAUCCAGGGUGUUUUACGUGCAGCAUGUAAGGGAGCGGCCCGCAGUGCUGAGAGAGUGGAGCCUGUUUCUAGCCACUCCUGUUGACAGUGCACCUGAAGGGCCAGGAUGCACUCGGCUUGGUGAUGCACGCUCACAACUGUCCUGAAAUGUGAGCCGACUUGAGGAAAACGGGAACCACAGGUGCUGGACAGAUGGGUUUAGUGUGGCUUGUGGCUGUGAGGUUCCAUAUAACAUACUUACAAAUGUUACUCAGGUGAAAAGUAUUUAAGGAUACAGUUACCUAAUUGUAAAUAUGCUGUUAACCAAAAGAGCUUCCCCUCCCCCACUUUUUCCUUUGUAAACACUCAUGACGCCUCUGUCUCCAGUCGGCCAUUGCCAAGCCCUAGACAAGCACCUCUGCAUUCACUUCCCUUUGUGGUCACUAGAGGGCUCUCCGAUGCCUUCCAAAAGAGCAACCGCGGGUUUGGUUUUGUUUUGUUUUUUUUAACUGAAGUGAUUCCUGCCAUCUUCGUGUUUAAUUGCACCAUAUGAGAAGAGCACAAACAUCGCCUGUCCAUGUUCUCUACUUUCAUUUUCCACUAGAAAUGAAAAGCAAUUUUUGAGACUGAAUCUGUUGCUGUUUUAAAGGUUAUUGUAGGAAACUGAGCUAAAGGAGUUAGGAUAUUUAUUUUUGUAUAAAAGAUAAAGAUUAUUUUGAAAUUAUUAGGAUUUUUACACAACUCUGAAAUCUGUUGCUUUUGUAAACAAAUUGUUUUAUCUUAGGGAUCUCCCAUAACCCCCACCAAUCCAAUACCCCCCACAAAGGCAAUUGCAAGUCUACCAGGCUUUGUUCUGAAAAAUGAAAAACAAAAGUACAUACCUGAUUAAACUCUUGAACAUGGCAUAGUAAUUUUUAGAAGAAUGCAUUCAAGGAUUCUUUUCCUUCAGCGUCAUUAAUGUGAACAGAAAGCCACUGUCUUGUUGAACAAACAGCGUAGCUUCAGAUGUGAGAACGAGCACAUAGGCGGGAGAGCAGGGGUUUGAAGCCAGCUGUUGAAGGGCACCCUGCUGUCCUAAGAAGCUUUUCCCCAUAGUGCCUAUAGUUUCCAAAGAAACUUCACUUCCUAACUGUGUUAACUUCAUUGGGUGGAGAGAGAAUGUGCAGAAGAUGUCAGGGGAAGAGAAUGCGGUGCUAAGAUGACGGCCUACUGCUGCCCCAGUGCUGAGCUGAGGUGGAGGUGUUCGCAAGGCCAGCUCCACGGAGUCACCGUUCAGGGACCGAAUGUGUUUCAGCACUUGCUGAUGGUGACUUACCCUUGUACAGUGUUUGCAUGGCAGAGUAAAGGUUACUUAUUACUCCCUCUCUCUGAGGUACUUUAAAGAAGAAACCUCCCUUGUGUUGCAAACCAAUCAGAAGCUAGUUUAUCUAGACAUACUAACCUCUCUCCCCCUUUCCUUUAAAAAAAAGUUUAAUGAUAAGAUUAGUUCUGUCCUGAAAGAAAUAAAUUCAGUAUUAACUCAUGUCUAAGUCACUGGGGUUAAAGCUUCCAGGCGUCCAGAUCAGUUAGCGAUUCAGAAGCAGUGGAGGGCUCGCUUGGGGGUGACCUACAGAGGAGCAGCUCCGGGCAUUUCCAGGGCUUAGGAACAGAGGGAGCCAGGGGCUGGCGUCUCAGGUGAGAGAUGGGCCCUACACGGGUCUCUUCUAUAGUCCUCUGUGGUCCAGUGCCCUCUAUGUAUGGCCGUAGAAUAAGACUGCACAGUUGCUGGUAGGUGAGUCUAAAGUCUUAAUCUAUGCAUUCAGAGAAAUAUUUUUAUAUGCUUUGUGUAAUUUAUAACAAAGGGUUUUUCUUUUUAGCUCUGUUACUGUGAAUUCCCCCCUCCUCCACUGCAUAUUUAAAGCAUGUGUUCAUACUGUGGGCAAACAUUCACUGAAGAUAAUUUUCUUUGUGCAUUGCUGACUGUUCAAAUAUAACAAGUAUUAUUAAAAUUAAAUAUUAACUGAC